GAGACGCCCACAAAGUUGCCCAAUCAUCCCACCAUCGCGAUAGACACGCCCUCAGGCAGUCACAUCUUCAAUCCCUUUCACGAGGGAUUCAUUAGUCAACUCAGUCACGUUGCGGUAACACCCGGCAUCUUCUCACGUCAACGGGCACCACGCGGACAGAAUCCCUCCUCAGCGGGUACACCCUCGAGAACGGCCAAGUCGUUUGUCUGGUCACCAGAAGUUCAGGGCGAUCUGUUUCCCACGGACAUUGACGAAAACCCAGCCCUUCAGCUGAAGCUGCAGGAAAUUUUGGACGCUGAUGUAAGCGUUUGCUGCUGCUGCUACCGCAUUUUGCGCGCUCUAAUUCGAAUUUGA